GAUACUUGGAGGGGGAAAAGCAAACUGAAAGACAGCCCUUGAUUUUUUGUUUCUGCCAAGCUCUGAAAACUCUCGUGAAACAGAAACGUGAUGGAUUAAGGACUGUGUGGAGAACCAGUAAAGCAGAUUUCCAAGGAUAAAUUGCAGAUUGAAGAAGAACAGUGCCCAAAAGGAAUUAUUCACUAAGAUUUCUUCCUUGGUGCAGAGAGAAAGUGUUUGGGGAUCUCUGAUAUUUCAGCCUCUGAAUCAGCAUCUCUGAGGGGGACAUAUGGGACUUAAGAAGGACAGCCGACAGGGAGCCUCUGAGGUGAAGCUGAUGUGUCCCCAGCACAGGCAGAAGGACCCAUUUAUCAACCCUUUUCUCUAGUUUGCAACCAUGGGGCAGAGUUUUAAAAGGCAAAUGUGUGUGCUCCCUCCUGCAAACACUGGCUUUAGGAGCUGAGCUGGCAGAAGGUGCUGACGAGUGUGGCUGGACCAGGGCUCUGCUGCCCCAGCCAUGAGACAGCACACCUGGUUCCCCUUGCAGUACAUGUCCAAGCCCUUCUGGAGAGCAGAGAACCACAACACGACCAGCUUCUUCUCUGCACUGUACGGCUUCCCUAACCAGUCCUUCUUCCACAGUGACUUGAAUCUGGAGGACCUGGGGGACUUUGAUAGCGGAGCCAAGUAUGAGGGCGAGUCACAGAGCCGGACAGUGAAGGCGCUGCUGAUUGUCGCCUACUCUGUGAUCAUCUGCAUCUCUCUCUUCGGCAACAUCCUGGUGUGCCACGUGGUCAUCAAGAACAAGAGGAUGCACUCUGCCACCAACCUUUUCAUCGUAAAUCUGGCUGUUGCUGAUGUGAUGAUCACCACCCUGAACACGCCCUUCACACUGGUGAGGUUUGUGAGCAGCACCUGGGUUUUUGGAAAGCUGAUGUGUCACAUCAGCCGGUUUGUUCAGUACUGCUCUGUCCACGUGUCUGUGCUGACCCUUGCUGCCAUUGCGCUGGACCGGCACCAGGUGAUCAUGCACCCUCUCAAGCCACGCAUGUCCAUGGUGAAAGGAGGGAUUUGCAUCAUCAUCAUCUGGGUUAUGGCCAGCUGCUUCUCACUGCCCCACGCCAUUUAUCAGACUCUGACAAGGUUUUAUAUUGGAAACAGAACCAUCCGAAUGGUCUGCCUCCCCAGUUUCCCUCCUCCUGCUGAUCUUUUCUGGAAGUACUUGGACCUGACUACGUUUGUUCUCUUGUAUGUUCUGCCCUUGCUUGUGAUCUCCAUCACAUACGCCAUAGUGGCCAAGAAGCUCUGGCUGAGGAACGCCAUUGGGGACCUCACCAUGGAGCAAUACUACGCCCAUCAGAGGAAGAAGAAGAUGACGCUGAAGAUGCUGAUGGUGGUGGUGGUCGUGUUUGCCGUCUGCUGGUUUCCCCUGAACUGCUACGUGGUGCUGAUCUCCUGCAGGGCCAUCCACAGCAGCAACGCUCUGUACUUUGCUUUUCACUGGUUCGCCAUGAGCAGCACCUGCUACAACCCCUUCAUCUACUGCUGGCUGAACGAGAGCUUCCGCACGGAGCUGCGGUCCCUGCUGUGCGUGUGCCGCCGCAGGAGCACGGCUCAGGGCCACGCUCUGCAGCCCAUCUCUCCCCUGUUCCGGCACGCCAAGGCUGAGAACUGCCCGUGCCAAAGAAGCAGCACACGCCCGAAGGCACAGACACCCUCCCAGAGGAACUCUGCAAGGACAGACAUAUCCAGCGUGCAGCCGAUUGUGGCAGAGAGCUGAACCUUUCAUCUGACAGCUGGGCAGCAUCACACAGGGAUUGCAAAAUCGUGGGGAAAUGGGCUUGGAAAGGCCUCUGGAGACCAUCAAAUCAACCUUCCAGCCACAGCAUGCAAAUUUCAACCUUUGGGUCAUUCAGGGCCUUGUUCUCUCAGGUAUCAAAAUUCUCUAGGGAUGAAUUGCCCACUUGUGAGCUCCAGAAUGAGGGGUGUUGAGUGAAGUUUUCAUUGGAACAGUCAGCAAAAAUGAAAAGAAUUAUUUAAAAGCACACAAAGCCUUUCAUGGUCUAAGCAAACAUGGGGAAGCUACACUGGUUAUAAACACACCAGCUACCCACUGUGGCUUGAUGUAAAGCUGUUAGGGCUUUAACUUCGUGAAUUGACAUUUCUUUGGCACAAAAUCAAAAUUAUUUUCACUUUCAAUAAUGUUUUAUUUUUUACCAGUCCUCAAGGGCAGCAGCAGCAGCAGCAACCUUUAAGCAGCUUUGGAACUGGACGUUCUGCCUUUGUCUGAGAUGGAACCAGCAAACUAGACCUGCAGGUUUUCAACCCAAAAGGCAGGAGAUUGAAGAAGUUUAACCUGUAACAUGUAAACAGCCAUGCAUUCCCUGCUCAAUUAAACUGAGCAUCUGACAAUGUGCCACAGUAUUUGCCUCAAGCACAGAUCCUCGUGUUCCAGCUACAUUGCUGGUGGCAGGGUACCAGCAGUGCUGGUCCUGGUCCAAACAGUGCCUCUGGAAUUCAAGAGAUAGCUGGGAUUCCUGGGGAUGUGUGUGCCUGACAGCUGGCACCAGCAGCUGCUGCUCUGGGGGCUCACAGUGGAGCCAGCCACCACAUUUCAGAGCUGGGUUUGGGUUGCUAGAGGGAGAUACCCAGUGGGAGCACAUGGCAAACUUCAGCCUAUGGCUAUGAAAAGCCACUCAGAAAGAAUAACCAAUUUCUUUGUGUCCAUUUUGCACUGGCUCAGCCCUUUUGUUGGUAAAGGGUUGAGCUUCAAAAGACAGUGAAAAGGAAAUGAGCUUCAGUCUUCCCAUGCAAAAUACUCUAAAUUACACUUCUAUAGCUGAGCAUUUCCACCCAGACUGGCAGCAUGUCACAGCUGCAGACCUGCAUGAAAGGCUGCUUCAAUUUGGAAAUCAAGAUGCUUUGAUGGGUACAAAAAUAUGUGACCUGAGAAUGUAUUUGUAUUUCAAAAAGAAACUGUGAAGGGGAGGAAAGAGUAAGAAUAACACUAAUCUUGCUUUUUCCUAAGUUAUUGUGGGAAGCAGGAGGACAACUACAGCUGGGACAGGGAUCUGGCAUGGCUUGGGACACUGCAAAUCCCAGUGGCAUCGGCAGUACUAAGGCUUCAGGUCUGGGCUCCCAUCUGAGGCACAGUGAUCUCUUUUCCUUCACAUCUGCAGGAAUUGCUUUGCAGACGAUAUGCUAUGGGGAGGAAAUGGAAUUAGAAACAUCUCAGAGAGCAAAUACCCAAGGCUCAGGUAUCGGCUCUGACCAGGUGAACCUUUGAUUUGGUUCCACUGGACUGGAGUCCUGUCUGGAGCUGGCACCAUAGAGGGAGUACCAAAACCUUUAAUUCUGUGUUACAAGUAAAUUACAGUAUUAAACAGAUGUCACUCCUAAGCUGGGUGUUUUACUGUCUGGAAAACUGGGAAUCCAUGACACUGCAAAUGGCAUUUCCCUACUAUUACUAUCUGGAGGCUUCUAUAAACAAGUUGUCUCUUCUUAAAAAAACAAAUCAAUCACAAAUGCAAAUAAACAAUGUUACUGUAACUUAGUAAAACUUAUUCAAAUGCUCUUUUCUUUACAUAGGAAAAAAUCAAUGAGAUUAAAGAAUGCAGUUUGCAUGUAUAUCCCAACCCACUCCCAGAGAACUGUUGAACUCCUUACUCUAAAUAAAUCAAAGUCUGUUCUUGCCCCUCAUCCUUCAGCAGGACAGCAUGCUGGCUCAGCAUCCUUCAGCCUUGUGUGAAUGGAUGGAUGGUGCAGGCCAAGGUCAAACCCACAGGCUGCCCAUCUGACCGUGGCAGUGGGCAGACAUCAUCCCUCACCUGGCAAAAGCUCUCCAAGGGACGGUUUGCUCCCAGAUGAAAAGCUGACAUUGUUUCCUCAGAGCACAUCCCAUGCUGAUUCUUGCACAGCAGUCAUUUCCUCAGUAGGAGUGUGCAGUCUGGCAGUGUUGAGCUGCCUUAAAAAACAUCGUUUCUUUGAGGUGAUUGUUUCUGUAAAAGUCUGGCAAACCUCCUUCUGAUUACACACAGCCUCCCACUGGAUGCUCUUGCUUUAGUACGCGCUCUGUUAAAAUAUCUGUGUGAUUGUAAUACAGUGAGAUUUGAUCCACCAAUGUUC